AUGCAGGCCGCUAAUGACACAUCCAUUAUUCCCGAAUCACAAAAUAAAUUAUCGGCAUGGAUCUAUUUUAAUUCAUCGUCCAAAAUAAAACGUUUAAUUGACUACAAUUGUACAAUGAUGGACGGAUGUGAAUAUGAUUAUAUUCAAGAGAUUUAUGCAACAACCCUACAAAUAAUAAAUUAUGAACAAUUAUGGAAUAAUCUAUCAAUAAUAUUGUAUGAUGACCAACAUAGCACAGGUUUAUUAGUGUGUGAAAAUGAUGAUGAUCAACCCGAAGAGUGUCAGAAUGGAUACUGCCAUGUUUUAACAAGAUUUUCUUCUUAUGCUAAUGUUGAUCAACUUGAAAUUUCCAAAACAUGUGAGAUUUAUAGUAAUGAUAGUGAACAACAACCACAGCUAUCUAUAUCAACAACGAAUAGUUUGUCAGUUAUGAAAUAUACAUGUAAUAAACAUAUGUGUAAUAGACAAAUAACCGUCAAUCAAAUACGCGAUAUAUUGUCAUCAUCAUUAAUUGUGUCAAUGCCAGAAAGUAACACUUCUACAACUACUAUAUAUGCGACAACAACCACAACAGUUAUAACACCACUGUCAACUAUUGCUUGUUUAAGUUGUUUUCAAACACUAAAUUUAACUGAACCAUCAUCUGCAUAUAUAACUUACUGUCAAUUUGAACUUGCAAUCAAAUGUAAAAGCUCAUUAUCGGUCGAUUUCUCUACUCAAGAAGUUUCAAUUCAUUUUGAACCAAUAAUCAUCGAUGAUGGACUUCAGUUUCCACAAAUAGAGAUUAUAAUGAGAACACAGAUAUACUUAGAUCAAUUAAAUCGAAUAGAACAUCAUAUGACAUAUCAAUGUUCUACUAGUUCUCUAUGUAGUUUUAAGUAUAUUGAUAUGUACUAUCACGAACAUAUUCGGAUAUUGAAUUUUCAAGGUCUGUGGUAUAAUCUGGCAUCAUUGUUAUACGAUACAAAUGUACAAAACACAACGAGUAUCAUCUGUUUUACUGGUACUGCUGAUGAAUCCGUCAUGCAUUGUGGUAGAAACGAAUAUUGUCAUUUAAGUGUAACAUUUUCAAAUAAAAGCGAACAAAUAAAAACGAACAAAAUGUGCAAACCAAUUGAUAUUUUCAAAACAUUGAUUUUAACAACUGAUUCAAUAGCGGCUGAAACAACAUUAGAAUAUAUUUGUAAUAAAGAGGAAUGCAAUGGACAGAGCAUACUCAAUCUAAUACGUGAUAUAUUAGAAUCCGUAUUGUUAUUACCGAUAUCUCAGACAACAACACCGACUACAGCAAGUACAACAACAACAGCAUUACAGUCAACUGUUUUGUGCCUUAGUUGUGUUUCAUCUGUGAAUUUAAACAAAUCACCAUCAAUCAAUACGACCAAUUGUCUAGUUGAACGUGAACAAUCAUGUGAAGGUUCAUUAUUUAUUCUGAAACGAACAAUAUCAUUGCCCAUUUUAAUUCAUUAA